AAUGUAUAUAUGUAUGUAAUAACAUACUUAUAAGCAGUUCACAGGCACAACAAGAACUGAAUUAGCUGGCCACUCGUUAUUAUUCGUUUUUUUUCUCUUAAAAUAAUUAAAAUAACUUUUUCCAUUUUUUUCCCAAACGGGUUCUCUGAAACUAAGAAAACUCUAAACAGAGAAUCCGGAUGCUUUUCUCAGAUUCUUCUACUCUUUCCUAAUUUACCGAUUUUUCUCGGGAAACCAAAAAUUCCAAUUUUUUCCUUGAUCUGAAGUCAAUUCAGAAUCUUCUAAUUGGAAGCUUCAAAGAAGAAGAAGAAAGAAGAGAGAGACUACUGAUUUGGGUUUUGUUUCUUUUGUUGGAUCAGAAAGAUCUCUGCUUUGAUCUUUGUAGUAUACGUGGCGAAAUGGGUUGGAGUUUGGAGUUGUGUUGAUGAUGUUCCAAGUCCCAGAUUUCUUGUAAUAACAUUCUUCUGUCUUUCUCCAAUGUCUUUGUCUUGAUUCUCAGAAAAAUAUCUUCAGAUCCGUUUUACUUGAGAGGAAUAGUUUUUAAUUAACCACAAAAAAAAAAUGAUGAAGAUGAUGAGAAACAAACCGACAAAUCUUCCGACGGCGGUCGGCGGUGGUAGAGGUUCCGGCGGCGGCAGGGAGUCAGGCGGUCAUGAUUGGGAAAUGAGACCUGGUGGUAUGUUGGUUCAGAAACGUAACCCGGAUUUGGAUCCUGUUGGAGCUCCACCACCGCCGUUGAUCAGAGUUAGGAUCAAGUACGGUGCUGUGUAUCAUGAGAUCAGUAUUAGUCCUCAAGCUUCUUUUGGGGAGCUAAAGAAGAUGUUGACUGGACCAACGGGUAUUCAUCAUCAAGAUCAGAAGCUAAUGUAUAAAGAUAAAGAGAGGGAUUCGAAGGCGUUUCUUGAUGUUUCGGGCGUGAAAGAUAAAUCCAAGAUGGUGCUUAUUGAAGACCCGAUUAGCCAAGAGAAACGGUUUUUGGAGAUGAGGAAGAUUGCUAAAACCGAAAAGGCGUCGAAAGCGAUAUCGGAUAUUAGCCUUGAAGUUGAUAGGCUCGGCGGACGAGUUUCGGCUUUUGAGAUGGUAAUUAAGAAAGGAGGGAAGAUUCCGGAGAAAGAUCUUGUUACGGUUAUCGAAUUGUUGAUGAAUGAGUUGAUAAAGUUGGAUGCGAUUGUGGCUGAAGGAGAUGUGAAGUUACAAAGAAAGAUGCAGGUGAAGAGAGUGCAGAAUUAUGUCGAAACACUCGAUGUCUUGAAGGUGAAAAUGGCAAAUGGGCAACAGAAACAUUUAGGUGCUCAGCGACUUGCACCGAUUCAAGAACAUAACAAUGAAGAGAGACAAGGACAGAAGCCGAUACAAUCGCUCAUGGACAUGCCGGUACAAUACAAAGAGAAGAAGCAAGAGAUUGAAGAGGAGCCGAGGAAUUCAGGGUCAGGACCAUUUGUGUUAGAAUCUUCUACUAAAUGGGAAACAUUCGAUCAUCAUCCCGCGACGCCAUUGAGUUCGGCUACUGCAAAUAAUCAAGCGAUCCCGCCCAGGUUCAAUUGGGAAUUCUUUGAUUGAAAAAGUUCACAUUUAGUGAAACCUUUUCUUUCUUUUAUCUUGUAUGCUUAUAUAAUUCUUGUGUGGAAGUGUUGUUUUUUUUUUUCAGGCUUCUUCUUCUUCUUCAUCAUCAUUAUGAUUCUUUUGAUGUACUUAUAGAUUUUUGUGUGGCGAUUGUUUAUCGUUCUGGGAAAUAAACAGAGACGCUACAUAGAAGUGAUUAUCAAAAAUCUGUGAUUCAUGUGUUUA